AUGGUAUACGUUCAACAGAGACCGCACCCAUCUCCUUCUGACACCUUCAAAGCAGAUAUAUUGGACCUCCACAAUAGGUAUCGACUGGUACACCGUGCCCAGCAUUUACAUUGGAAUGACACCGUUGAAGCGUAUGCCGAAAGCUUCGCGUCAAGGUACCUGUGUUCUGGGGUUCUUGAGCACUCUGGGGGACCCUAUGGUGAAAAUCUAGCCAUUGGCUAUACUACCACCGGGGCAGUGGAUGCAUGGUAUGAGGAGGGUGCUGGUUACGACUAUGGCUCGGAGUCUACAUAUAACCACUUCACUGCAAUGAUAUGGAACUCGUCUUCCUCCUUGGGGUGUGCUACCCACUAUUGCAAUUCUGUUUGGGGCACCUACAUCGUGUGCUCGUACUAUCCCGCAGGAAAUGUGGUAGGAUACUCUUCUGUAAACGUAUUUCGACCUAACUAA